AUGGAUGCGGUUUCUGAGGAUCUAGCAUCACCGCCACCGCCCUGGAGUGUGAUUGAAUUCAGCUUCCAUCCACAGGAUACUGACGCAAGGUUGGUGGUUAUGUGCAACUACCACCAAUUCACACUCUCCGUCUCCGCAGACAGUUUCUCCCAGUCAACCGCUUUGAAGAGUAAAUAUUUGUUCUUUUUAGAAGUGGCCGAUAAUUUCGAAUUAGAUGGGUACACUGUCGAGGACCUUUACGACUGGAUUUUGGAGCCACUUCUGCCUAAAUUCAGAGAACUGCCAGAGAUCACGACAACUCUAACAUUGCAACACUUUCUUUUCCCCGAAACAUACACCUAUGACAUACAAGGCGAUCAAGAAAGCCUAGUUGCUGUUCCAUCCGACAGAGGCGACGAUGUGGAUUCCGUGUUUGGCCUCCGCCUGCCAGACGAUAGCUGUGCUCCUUGGCCUCAACACGACCCGAAGGAUAUUCAACUGCCUAAGAAAAAGAAUUUGUAUGGGCCCCCUUCAUAUAUGCCGUCCAAGGUUUUCUUGAAGGACGGCAAGAGUGCUUUUUUCAAGCCCAUGAGGCACGGAGACGAUCGGUCUUUCGUGAACGAGCUCGAAAAAUACAGGAGCAUACGCGAUGCUCAUCUUGACGAGUCGCUGCGAAUCUCGCGUCUUAUGGGUUUGGUGCGAAAUGAGACCGGUCAGACUUUUGGCCUACUCUUGUCGUAUAUUGAUUGCGAUCGGAAGACCUUGCUCUGUGCAGCAAGACCAGAUACACCGAUUCACCUUAGACAAAGGUGGGCCGAACAAGUCCAUGACAUGGUUAAUCGACUACAUGCUGCGGGUAUCAUUUGGGGCGAUGCGAAGCCUGAUAAUGUCCUUAUCGACAACAGCAACGAUGCAUGGCUGAUUGACUUUGGUGGAGGGUAUACGAAUGGCUGGGUGCCCAAAGAGCUGUCGGGGUCUAUGGAAGGGGAUUUACAUGCUUUGCAGAAAAUAGACAGGUUCUUAAAGUCUGGGGAGGUCAACUGGUAA